GCUAAAUCCCACCACACCACAAUUCCAAGCUUGAAGCAGCCCAGGCAACAAUGAAGUCCAUGAGAGCCAUCCGCAUCCAUAAGACAGGCGGCCGAGAGGUCAUGCAGCUAGAGCAGCUACCUGUACCCACCGCUCAGCAACUCGGCCCAAAACAUCUGCUCAUCAAGAAUAAGGCAAUCGGAGUCAAUUUUAUCGACACUUACUUUCGCGAGGGCUUGUACAAGGCUGCACUGCCCUUGACAUUGGGCAAGGAGGCAGCAGGUGAAGUCGUUGCUGUUGGUUCAGAAGUCAAGGAUGUUCAAGAGGGAGACCGGGUCGUAUAUUCGGCUGUGUCUGGAGCGUAUGCCGAGCUAACUGUGCUGGACAAUGGCAUGUUUGCCAAAAUUCCCCAGGGCAUCAGCGAGGAGCUUGCUGCCGCAAGCUUCGUUCAAGGAUUGACCGCCAUCACGCUCGUUGAAGAAACUUACAAGGUGAAGCGCGAUGAUUGGAUCUUGGUACAUGCAGCUUCUGGAGGUAUGGGCGGCUGGCUGGUUCAGAUCCUUGUCGCAAUGGGUGCCAAUGUGAUUGGCACUGCUUCCACACAAGCGAAGCUCGAUCUUGCCAAGGCGAAUGGUUGCCAACACCUCAUCAAUUACUCAAGCGAAGACGUUGUUCAACGAGUGAAGGAGUUUGUUCCUGAAGGCGUGCAUUGUGCUUAUGACGGCGUUGGCAAGGACACGUUCCAAAUCUCACUCGAUUGCCUGCGUCGUAAGGGAACCUUGGCCAGCUUUGGCAAUGCAUCUGGCGCAGUCCCGCCAAUCAGUAUUCUUUCCCUGACGCCCAAAAACAUCACUCUUGUCAGGCCCCAGGUCUUUGGCUACCUGGGCACACCGGAAGAGCUCAAAUACUACACGGAGAAGUUGUUUGACCAUCUGAAGAGGGACCACAUCAAGGUCGCCAUCCACAAGACUUAUCCACUGGAGGAUGUCCAGCAGGCGCAUGCAGAUCUCGAAGGCCGAGUCAGCACUGGAAAGCUCUUACUUAAGCUUUAGAAUCAAGUAGAUAUUGAGAU